AUGACCGCGCUCGUGAUGGAGGCCAGCCCGUGGCACCUCAACGACGUCGCCAUUCCCUACCCGACCUCGUUCCACCCGGCGAGCGAUGAGGACCUCUUCUUCUGGCAGGACCGGGUGCGCGCGCUGAACCGCUCGUACCUCUUCUCCUUCGCCGGCGUGCCGCGCCCCGGCGACGCCAAGUCCAUUGAGGGCCACCUCGUCGACCAGUGCAAGGUGUCGGGCUCCUGCUCGCUCAUGGAGUGCAGCACCACGGGUCCGGACAACAAGUGCGAAUCCCCUGCCAGCGUCAUGAAACUCUUCCAGAGCUCGACGUUCUGCCUCCUGCCGCGAGGAGCCACCGACACGCGCCGUCACGCCUUCGACGCCAUGCUAGCCGGGUGCAUCCCGGUGUUCUUCCACCCGGCCUCGGCGUACGUGCAGUACACCUGGCACCUGCCCAAGACCCACACCGACUACUCGGUGUACAUCCCCGAGGAUGACGUGCGCAAGAAGAACGAGAGCGUGGAGGAGAGGCUCCGGAAAAUACCGCCGGAAACGGUCCGGGCAAUGAGGGACGCCGUCGUCGGCCUCAUCCCGUCAGUGACCUACGGCGACGCGACGUCGAGGCUUGAGACGACGGUGAAGGAUGCGUUUGACAUCGCGGUGGCCGCUGUCAUCAACAAGGUGACGAAGCUGAGGAGGGGCAUCGUGGAGGGUCGAGCGGAGGAGGAGAAGCUGGAGAGGUAUAGCUGGAAGUACCCGUUGUUGGCAGAAGGGCAGAAGGCAGAGGACCAUCAUGAAUGGGAUCCCCUCUUCAAUUAG